AUGCAGUCCUAUCUGCAAUAUCGUCGAUUGGGAGAUUCCGUCCGCGCACAGCUGGACCACGCAUACGCCCAGCACAAUGCCAAUUCCACCGUGAAGAAAGACCCAGCGCCGGCCACUGAGUCGGAGUCGGAUUCAUCCAGCUCGGCAGAGAACGCAGAUACAAUCACCAACGAUGAUCUCGUCGCAGUAACGUCGAAUCCUGAACCGCAGCCACUGGAGAAAUACAAAACGCAGCGCUCGGAGAAAACAGCUCUGGCGCAUUCCCUUGCUGGCGUCGAUAUUCAGAAACAACUUGCGUCGACGGACCAGCCGGCUGAUUUGUUUAUUGUUGGAUGGGAUGGACGAGAUGAUCCGCAGAAUCCGAUGAACUAUAGUUUUUCGAGUCGGCUUGUUGCGACGUUGCUGGUGUCUGCGCUGGCGUGGGUUGUUGGUGCGGCAUCGUCGAUUAAUUCGGGCGUUUUACCGCAGAAUGCGGCGGCUUUUGGCGUGAGUGAUGUUGUGGGAUCUCUGGUGACCGGUCUAUAUUUGCUCGGUUUCGCAGCUGGAUCACUUGUCAGCGGUCCACUCUCUGAGAUUCUCGGACGCAAUGUGGUUUAUACAACCUCAUUGACCCUGUUCAUGAUCUUCAUCAUGGGCUCUGCUCUCGCACCCAAUAUCGGCGCUCAGCUAGCCUUUCGCUUUUUAGCUGGUAUAUUCGGAUGUCCACCUCUUACUUGUGCAGGCGGGACGAUCGCCGAUCUAUGGAAUCCUCUUGAGAAGACGAUCUACUUCCCCAUGUACGCGAUCCUUUCAUUCGGCGGACCAGUCCUUGGACCAGUGAUUGCUUCGUAUAUGGGCCAAACGGGUGUUCUUUCAUGGCGCUGGACUGCGUGGAUUAUUCUCAUUAUGUCGGGCGCCAUCCUGGUCUUGAUCAUCCUCUUCCAGCCGGAGACGUAUGCGCCACUCCUCUUGAAGUGGAAGGGAAAACAGCUUCGCAAAAUAACGGGCGACCCUCGCUUCCGCUCGGAGAUGGAUAUGGAGAAGAUUGCGUUGUUCAGUCGUAUCAGCGGUGCAAUGAAGCGCCAGGUUCUGAUUACCAUUCACGAGCCGAUCAUCUUGUUGAUCUCGCUGUAUAUGACUGUCUUGUAUAUCGUGCUAUUCACUUUCUUCGAUGGGUAUACAUACAUCUUCACCGAUGUGCAUGGUCUAUCGCAGGGUCUCACAAAUAUUGUUUGGGUUGCGAUGUACGUCGGUAUUUCGCUGGCUACGUUCCUCGUCUUCCCCAUUUACAGGUGGACAAAGAAGGAGUUUACCCAGGCGGCACAAGAGGUCAAUGGUACUGAUCCAGCCGUCGACCGACAUGCUCUUGAUGGCGUGCACACACAACCUGAGAUUAGGUUGUGGUUUGCCAUGUUCGGGGCCCCUGCAAUCCCGAUCAGUCUCUUCUGGAUGGGAUGGACCGACUUUGAGUCGAUAUCAGUUUGGUCACCUAUACUUGCCUCCACGCUUUUCGGCUUCGGUACCAUUUGUGUUUUCAUCAGCUCGUACAUGUAUGUCAUCGACUCGUAUAGCGUCUAUGCAGCCUCAGCACUGGGUUUCAUGACGGUCUCCCGGUACUGCGCUGCGGGAGGUAUGACCAUUGUCGGGAUCCCGUUUUAUCAGAAUAUGGGUGUCCAUUGGACACUUACUAUCCUUGGAUGUAUCAGUGCUUUGCUGGUUCCUGUGCCAUAUGUGUUUUAUGUUUAUGGUCCCGUUAUUCGACGGUGGAGUCGGUAUGCUGUUGCGGAGGAGAGCAAAGCCUAG